CCUUAGUCCCUUAUCUGCAAUUCCAGAAUCAGAAAAAGCGGUGAAAACCGAAAGUUUUUUUCAUAACUCAUGUGGCUACAAGCCCUGACCAGACAUCACCACAGUGAAACCUGACUUCAUCCUAUAGGAAACCAUUUAUUGUCUUUAUUUUUCCAACUUGGUGUGCAUAUCUGUAUACCCAACUUCAGAAAUAACAGUGUAGGCCAGGUGCGGUGGCUCACACCUGUAAUCCCAGCACUUUGGGAUUCCGAGGCGGGUGGAUCACAUGAGGUCAGUAGUUUGAGACCAGCCUGGCCAAUAUGGUGAAACCCAUCUCUACUUAAGAUGCGAAAAUUAGCCUGGUGUGGUGGUGCACGCUUGUAGUCCCAGUUACUUGGGAGGCUGAGGCAGGAGAAUCGCUUGAACCCGGGAGGCAGAGGUUGCAUUGAGCCGAGAUCAUGCCGCUGCAUUCCAGCCUGGGUGACAGAGCGAGACUCCGUCUCAAAACAAAACAACAACAAAAAUAACAGUGUAUUUGAGGGCACCACUCCAAACCCUACUGGGGAUGAUACGUUAUGUAAAAUAUUUACACCAGGUCACCUCUCUGAAAUGGGAAAAAUUCUGACUCCUGAAACACAUCUGGUCCUAAGGGUUUCACAUAAGGGACUGGGGACAGUGAAUAGUCGUGUUGUGUUAGGGCUCAGACCGAGACACUUCAUGCAUUCUUCACUCUCACCUCGUGUUCCUCAUCUGUAAGACCUCCAGGAGUUGAGAAUUAUGGUAGAUUUACAUUCCAAAGGCUCACUUCUUAUGCUCUUGAAAGUCUUUUUCUUUCUUUUCUCUGGAAAUGGGUAACUUCUUGGUGUGUAACAUUAGUGGGUGCUCAGGAAAUGAUUUUCAACCAACUUCAUUUCUGAACCUUCACUGCUUCCAUUCUUUUCAGGAGCCUACCCUGUCCUAGUCCACUGUAGUCUCCCACUGUGGGAGUUGCCUUGCUAAAUAGUUUUCUUUCUGGGGUCACAUGUUUAACCCUUGCACUGACACUCUUAGCACAGAGUCUUGACCACCUCUUGUGGGACUGUCCACCCACCUCUGGAUUUUUAUAAUUUUAAUUUUCCCUUUAAAAGCAUUACAGGAGCAUACAUAAGUACAUGGAAGGCAUAGAAAAGGAGGAGGAGAAGAGGAAAGUGUUCACGGGUAACACUGUUAAUAUUUUGGAAGGUUUCCUGCCAGUCUUUUUUUCCUAUGCCUUUACAAAAGUAGCUGAGCAUAUUCUAUGUGCAAUCCUGUAAUCUGUUUUAAAUUUAACAUUAUUGUAUCAGCAUUUCCCCACAUAAUCAGUAAACGAGCAUAAUAUAAUUCCAUUGUGUGGUCCAUAAUAAUAUUUCAUUGUUUUCCCAUGUGGGGACAUUGAGCUUGGCUUUGUUUUUGUUCGUUGGUUUGCUUGUGUAUUUAUAAUGUUUGAAUAGAUGUUUGAGUAUAAAUCUUUGUAUGAAUUUUUGAUCAUUUCCCAAGAUACUUUCCCCAAAUCAGAAUUUUGAAGUUAAAUGAGAUGGCACUUUAAUCUUUAUUGAUUACUGAAUGAUUCUUCAACAAACUUUGUACUGUUUUGCAUAUCCAAUAGUAACAUUUGAGAGUGCUUCUUUUUUUUUUUUUUGAGACAGAGUUUUGAUCUUGUUGCCCAGGCUGGAGUACAAUGGCACGAUCUCAGCUCACCACAACCUCUGCCUCCCCGGUUCAAGUGAUUCUCCUGCCUCAGCCUCCUGAGUAGCUAGGAUUACAGGCAUGUGCCACCACACCUAGCUAAUUUUGUAUUUUCAGUAGAGACGGGGUUUCGCCAUGUUGGUCAGGCUGGUCUCGAACUCCCGAUCUCAGGUGACCCGCCCACCUCAGCCUCCCAAAGUGCUGGGAUUACAGGUGUGAGCCACCGCGCCCAGCUGAGAGUGUUUCUUUACUAUAUCACUGCCUUCUUUUAUGGAUUUUACUAGUUCUAAAAAUAAUUUUCAUUACAGAAAUUUUGGAAACUACAUCAGUAAAUAGAGUAGAUAAUAAAAAUCACCUGCAGGCCUACUUUCCAGAAGUAACUCUUGUUAUUAACAUUUUGGUUUACUUUUUCCCAGUCCGUCUAUGUGUCUAUUACAGGGAAAGAAUCCCUUAUCCAAAAUGCUGGGGACCAAAAGUGUUUUGGAUUUCGGAUUUUUCUUUUUUGGAUUUUGGAAUACUCAUAAAUAUAUAAUAAGAUAAUUUGAGGAUCUGACAAGAAAUUCACUUAUGUUUCAUAUACACCUUAGACAUGUAGCUUCUUCAAGCUACACUUGAUUUAAUUGUUCCCUUUUGAUAUUCAGUUUAUUUCCAGUUUGAUGCUGCAAUACCACUGUGCUGAACGUCUCUGGCACAUUCAUCUUGGUUGCAAUUAUACUUUAGGCUAUAUUUCUAAGAGUGAAAUGACCACAGCCAAAGGUAUGAACAUUGUUCAGGCUUUCAAUAAAGACUGCCAGAUAUUUACAAAGAUUGUGCCAAUCUCUAUUUUUCCCUGGGGAAGGCUGAAUUAACUGUGUGUUGUGCACCUGCGUUUUGACUGCCACUGGUCACAUGAGGUCAGGUGUGGAACUCUCCACUUUUGUCAGGUUAGUGCUCAGAAAGUUUCGGAUUUGGGAGCAUUUUGGAUUAGGGAUGUUCAAACUAUUAAUUACUUAUACACACACACACAUAACAUACACACUACAUAGUUUUUUAAAACAAAAUUUGGGGUCAGGCAUGGUGGCUCACGCCUGUAAUCCCAGCACUUUGGGAGGGAGGUCGAGGUGGGCGGAUCACCUGAGGUCGGGAGUUCGAGACCAGCCUGAGCAACAUGGAGAAACCCUGUCUCUACUAAAAAUACAAAAUUAGUCAGGCGUGGUGGCACAUGCCUGUAAUCUCAGCUAUUCCGGAGGCUGAGGCAGGAGAGAACGCUUGAACCCGGGAGGCGGAGGUUGUGGUGAGCCAAGAUUGUGCCAUUGCACUCCAGCCUGGGCAACAAGAGCAAAACUCUGUCUCAAAAAUAAAAAAAAUUUGGAUCAUGCUAUAUAUGAGUUUUGUAUUCUGCUUUAAAAUACAUAGGCAGUGUUUUUCUAUUUUAAUAAAUAGUUGGGCCGGGCACAGUGGCUCACGCCUGUAAUCCUAGCACUUUGGGAGGCUGAGACAGGUGGAUCACCUGAGGUCAGGAGUUCGAGACCAGCUUGGCCAACAUGGUGAAACCUCGUCUCUAUUAAAAAUGCAAAAAUUAGCUGGGCGUGGUGGCCACAUGCCUGUAAUUCCAGCUACUUGGGAGGCCGAGGCAAGAGAAUCACUUGAACCCGGGAGGCAGAGGUUGCAGUGAGCAGAGAUGGUGCCAGUGUACUCCAGCCUGGAUGACAGGAGUGAAACUCCGUCUCAAAAAUAAAUAAAUAAAUAAAAAUAAAAAUACAAAAAUUAGCCGGGUGGGGGUGAGAGAGCAGAGACUCCAUCUCAAAAUAAAUAAAUAAAUAAAUUUAUAAAUAAAUAAAUAGUUGGCCAAGUACAGUGGCUCAAGCCUGUAAUCCCAGCACUUUGGGAGGCCAAGGCGGGUGGAUCACCUGAGGUCAGGAGUUCGCGACCAGCCUGGCCAACAUGGUGAAACCCCAUCUCUAAUAAAAAUACAAAACUUAGCAAAGCGUGGGGGCGCUGUGCCUGUAGUUCCAGCUACUUGGGAGGCUGAGGCAGAAGAAUUACUUGAUCCUGGGAGGCAGAGGUUGCAGUGAGCCGAGAUUGUCACUCCAGCCUGGGUGACAGAGCAAGACUCUGUCUCAAAAAUAAAAAAAAUAAACAAUUGAAUACAAGGAUUUUUAAUAUCUGCCUAAUACUUAUGCCUUCAUCGCAUUAAUGUGCUACGCUUGAUUUAAUUGUUCCCUUUUGAUAUCCAGUUUAUUUCCAGUUUGAUGCUGCAAUACCACUGUGCUGAACGUCUCUGGCACAUUCAUCUUGGUUGCAAUUGUACUUUAGGCUAUAUUUCUAAGAGUGAAAUGACCACAGCCAAAGGAUUUCAGUUUCCCAAACCUGAGAUGAUCUGUCAGCUGGAGAACUGGGACGAGCAGUGGAUCCUGGAUCUACCGAGAGCUGGGAAUAGGAAGGCUUCCGGUAGUGCUUGCCCAGGUUCUGAAGCCAGACACAAGAUGAAAAAGCUAACUCCAAAACAGAAAUUUUCUGAAGAUUUAGAGUCAUAUAAGAUAUCAGUGGUAAUGCAGGAAUCAGCUGAGAAACUUUCAGAAAAGUUACAUAAGUGUAAAGAAUUUGUGGACAGUUGCAGGCUUACUUUCCCUACUAGUGGUGAUGAAUACAGCAGGGGCUUCCUUCAAAACCUUAACCUUAUUCAAGAUCAGAAUGCACAAACAAGGUGGAAGCAGGGCAGAUAUGAUGAGGAUGGCAAACCCUUCAAUCAAAGAUCUUUGCUUUUGGGGCAUGAGCGAAUUCUCACAAGAGCAAAGUCUUAUGAAUGCAGUGAAUGUGGAAAAGUCAUUAGGCGUAAGGCAUGGUUUGAUCAACAUCAAAGAAUUCACUUUUUAGAGAAUCCUUUUGAGUGUAAGGUCUGUGGGCAAGCCUUCAGACAGCGGUCAGCUCUUACGGUCCAUAAACAGUGUCACCUGCAAAACAAGCCAUACAGAUGUCAUGACUGUGGAAAGUGUUUUCGGCAGCUCGCGUAUCUUGUUGAACAUAAGAGGAUUCACACCAAAGAAAAACCCUAUAAAUGUAGCAAAUGUGAAAAAACGUUUAGUCAGAAUUCAACCCUUAUUCGACAUCAGGUGAUCCAUAGUGGAGAAAAACGCCAUAAAUGCCUUGAGUGUGGAAAAGCCUUUGGCCGGCAUUCAACCCUUCUAUGUCAUCAACAGAUUCACAGUAAACCGAACACCCAUAAAUGCAGUGAAUGUGGACAGUCCUUUGGUCGGAAUGUGGAUCUCAUUCAGCAUCAAAGAAUCCAUACAAAGGAGGAAUUCUUUCAAUGUGGAGAAUGUGGGAAAACGUUUAGUUUUAAGAGGAAUCUUUUUCGACAUCAGGUCAUUCACACUGGAAGCCAACCCUACCAAUGUGUCAUAUGUGGAAAAUCUUUCAAGUGGCACACAAGCUUUAUUAAGCACCAGGGCACUCACAAAGGACAGAUAUCCACGUGAUGUUAACUGGAAAGCAGUCAUUGGAGGACUAGAACUUAUAAACCUCUCCUUCAACUGUGUAUCACGUGAUUGUUUCCAUGAAAAGCAAUAAAUGUAACAAAGGGUUUUUCUAUGGGA